UCAACAUCUUUAAUUAAUUUUCCAUCGAAUUCACUCAUUUUGUUGGCACAGAAAUAAACAACAGUUGAGGUUAGGUUAGAACGCGCUAUUUACACCGGCCUAUCAUUGGAUACAGCUGAUUGAGGUUGUCUUGCGCAUGUGUGACGCUAUAAAUUUAGAAAAGUUGACCAACUUAAAGCUACGUUCCCACGGAGCGUGAAAACGAACGUGUAUCACGCUUUCGUACUUGCUUUCGUGUAUGUGCUGGAAGGACCCUACCAGUCGUGGAGCGUGGACCGUUCACACUGACUUUCGUAUUAACGAAAACGUGAUUCACUUGAUCGCGGAAAGUCGACCAUGAACGAGCUGCCUAUCGAGACUUGUGCUGUGGUCAGUUCGGUUUUUGGUGCUAUCUUAGCACAAAGAAUAAAUCGGUUGGCAAAAUCGAAAGAAAAACGGAAGAAAAGACGAUGGUGGGUUAGAAAGUGGAUACUUCAAAGGAAAUCGGGGACACAUAAUUUGGUUGACAGAGAGCUAAGAAGUAAUUACACUGAGGAUUUUAAAAACUUGUUACGAAUGUCUGAAGCCGAGUUUGAUUACCUUCUGGAACGCGUUUCACCACUGAUUUCAAAAUCAGAUACAAAUAUGAGACAAGCAGUAAAUGCUAAAACAAAACUUACGGUGACUUUGCGAUAUUUAGCCACAGGAGACUCUUUCAAAAGUUUGGAAUUUUUAUUUCGUGUUCCAAAAAACACAAUUAGUAAAUUCAUACCCGAGACCUGCGAAGCUAUCCACAAGACACUUAGAGAAUUUAUACAAGUGCCGGCAACUUCAGAUGAAUGGAAAAACGUUGAAUCUGGAUUUAGGCAACGAUGGAAUUUCCCAGGAUGUGUAGGAGCUUUGGACGGCAAACACAUUGUAAUACGUGCCCCUACCGCUACUGGAUCCGAUUAUUACAAUUACAAAAAUAGUUUCAGUAUUGUAUUAAUGGCUUUAGCCGACUCCGAUUAUUGCUUUCUAAAGCGGGAUAUCAGAAAACUGGUGGCAGAAGAAACUAAAGAAAAAUAUUUAACAGGAGGUGGACCUGCAAUCAAAGAAGCACAUGAUGCAGAAAAGGAUCUCGUGUUCAGUAUUAUGAAUAAAAAAACUGUUUAUGGCCAUGCAAAUACUUUUGAUAGCGAUGCUGAUCCACAACCACUAGGAUCCCAAUCAAUUGAUAUUGUGGAAUUCCUAGAUGAUGAUGUUUUUGGUGAUAAACAGGAUCAAAAUGAGAAUAUACCACCAAUGGAAAAUGAAUCACGAAAUUCAAACUGGAAUCACGCUUCAGCCGCAUCAUUGGCAACCCCCAUGAGUAGUACCUUAAAAAGAAAAGCUCAUAUGAACACUCCAAGGAGACGACCAGCCACAGUGGUGCGUGCUUUAAAUUCAUCUGACAUAGCCGUUCAGUAG